UGGAAUUUUUUAUCAAGCCAGGCAUAUGCAGUCUGCGACAUAACCAUUGCAACCGAGCCGACUAACUGGCUAAGAACAGAUUUUAUUGACGUCAAGGAUGCUAAAAUGCUGAAUAUUAAACUGAAAUACAACCUUCGUAGAUGUCCACCUCCACCAAAUGCAAGUUCUUUCUGCAAACACAAAUGGAGCAUUUAUGUGCUUCAUGUAGAAAAAGAAGUAGUUGGAGUUGAUUUAAACCCACUCACAGCUAAUGAAUUAACAUACGAAGAGGUUGAUACAAUUGCACCAACAGUCCUGCCUGCAGCUGGAAAAGUAGAGCAAUAUGAUUAUGAUGUUAAAAUCAUAACCAAAAAGGGAGGAGUGUAUCUUGCAUUCUUAGACCAAGGAGCCUGUUUGUCAUUAUCAAGUGUUAUUGUGAGUUCCAAUUAUUGCCCCGAGAUUGACAGAGUUCUGGUGAGAUUUUCAAGGGCAGCUGCUCCAGUUAAUGACUCUUUUCUCGAGGAACAAACAGGACGCUGUACUGAUGUUAACUCUGUUAACAAAGUGAAACUAUCAGGCGUUUGCCUUAGUAACGGAGAAUGGAACAUCACGGAUGCGAUCAAGUGUCUUUGUAAACCUGGCUAUGAGCUUGUCAAUGGAUCUGGGAGAAAUGUCCUGGAAUGCAGUGGUAUGAACGAAAAUUCUCUUUUCUUAAGAGUGGCGGUGAAGGUUUUAUUAUUAGUAGUAGUAUUAUCAUUAUCAUUAUCAUUAUUAUUAUUUUUUUUAUUAUUUUUAUUAUUAUUAUUAUUAUUAUUCACUUCAUUCAACUUAAUCACCUUAAAUUACAAAAUGCAAUACACAAACACACUAGUAAUAGUCUUUAUUUGCCAAUCGUAAAUCAUCUUACUUUGUCGGGGGCACCCAACGACUGUUUAGUCUGUAAAAUACAGUAAACACCCGCAUAUAAGAACAAAUGGAUUAAGAACACCGGAUUAAAAUUUGGCCAAUAAAGCCUCACUUUUAUAAGAACAAGAUCAGCCUGAAAAUUGUGACAUGUUCCUAUAAAAUGGAAAAAGUGUCGUAAUUACAAAACAUGUAAGUUUAUGAUAUAAUAUAAUACAUAAUAUAAUCAAAUUACAGAAUAACUAUUUAUUUUGUUUUCCUAAAAUAUGCUAAAUAUACCUCUAGCAACAUGUUUUGGAAUAGUAUCACUAAAUAAACAUUUAAGAACAUUUUAAGAACAUUUUGACACUGAUUUGUCAUUAAGCGUCCGAAAUCGUGUGUUCUCAUAUGCGGGUGUUUAUGCUGUAUCUGUUCGGAAAAGCCGCAAACAUGGCCUAGAAUUUUCUAUUGGUUUAGGACGGCUAAAAAUUUCUGGAUGCCCGUUCCAUUCAUGUACAAUUUUCACGCUUGUCUAAUAAUAAAAUUUCCUAAAAUUUUCUGAACUUAAUUUUUUCACAUUUCACUGCAAAUGUUGGGCUAUGUUUCGUACAAAAGGAAAACUUAAAUGUUCGGAUUCAAAAAUGCAAUGUAGAGAGGAAGAUAGGAAAAUUCUCUCUUUCGUAAACGAUAAAUUGCAUAUAAAAUUUUCGGGAUAAUAAUACUGACGCCCUUGUAAAUUCGAAAAGACUCAGGUUCUCCUAGAGUGACCGUACACAUACAAAUUUUAUAGCGCCGCAGUUAAGCCGCUUAUAAUAGCCUAAAAGUGCUUUCAGUGUAUUUAGGAGGAAAUCGUCGUUGCGUGCCCCUGACUUUGUGAAAUGCUGCUCAUUAGACUAAGCUUGCAAACCCUUUCUGUUUCAACCUUCCAUGCACUGACUUGAAAUCAAUUAGUAAACUAACGAAGGCUCCGUAUACAUAGUGCUAAGGAAUGUUUUUAUCAAUCUUAUUUUUUAAGCGUGCCUUAAAGGCUUUUACAAGAGCGUUGCAAGUAACAGUAAAUGUGACGAGUGUCCUACAAACUCAGCGUCAAAUACUGGAAGAACAGGUUGCUUAUGCCAUGAAGGGUUCUACAAGAAACCUGGAUUACAAGUAGUACCUUGCAAAGGUAAUCGUAGAUCGAGAGUUCUAAAAUUUUAUUUGCUUAAAUCCCCCUGCUCUUUCUUCAUAACCAAAAAAAAAAAAAAAAAUAAUAAUAAUAAUAAUAAUAAUAAUAAUAAUAAAUAAACAAAUAACCAACCAGCGAUGAAACGCUUAAUUACCAAAAUUAUAAUAGGAAUACUCUUCAAGGAUAUAAUUUAGAACUUUCGGGCCCUAAAGAUCUAUUUCUAGGGAAUUUCAUUUAGCAAGAAUAAAACAAUUCUUGGAAAAUAUUUAGCUUAUCUCCGAUGAUCUCCAUCUCUUGCUUGCUUCGAGACUUUUCUGGCACAAAAUGGCAAAUAUCUCUUACUAAAACUUUCUCGUUUUAACCUUUUUUUUCAAGCGUGGUCUAUGGCAGCGAGCUAAUGAACUACGUUUGUGGCUAUUGAAAUAUUGUGUGGCUAUUGAUCAUGGACUAUCGUUGGCAUAAAAGCAUAAAGUAGUGUUUUACUUUACUCUUAAUUACUGUAAAAAGUUGGUACUUACGACGAUAGAUUUCAAAAGAAAGUAAACAUGCAAUGUAGAUGAUCACAUAUUUCCCAUUAGUCCCUGCUUACAAAACUACCCUGCCCGAAUAAUACCCCUUUAUGCGAUUUGUUUUAGUAACGAAAAAAAAAACACAUUCAAAUUAUCAUGCUAACUUAUACAAAUCAAACCUCCCGCAGCUUUACCAAAGGCACCACGUAAUGCAAAUGUCACUGUUGUUAAAGAAACUUAUGUUGAGAUUAUGUGGGAACGCACACCUGAUGAAAGGGAUGGAAAGUUAAGAUAUUCUGUAGAUUGCUUCAGAUGCAAGUCCAGCAAAUACAAGGAUUGUAAGGAGUCAUGUGGACCAAGUGUAGAGUAUAAACCAAAUAAGGACAACGUCACAGAUGGUACUGUGGCUGUAAAUGGCUUGCCCUCUGAUAGUUUCCUGAAGUUUAGAGUUUACUCUGUCAAUGAGUUAAAUGCACAGGAGAAAGACAGAGACAAAUGGAAUUAUGUUACAGUAUCAGCAAAGACUAAAGGUAAUUAA